AUGGGCGAAUUGCUUGAACCUGCGACCAUCAGCCCGUGUACCUUCACCAUGGACCAUAACGCGAUCAUUUGUUUCAUGACCGACGGACUUAUGCGAGGUCCAGAUAAAGAUGUUCACGUCCCGAGCGUGGGCAGCCAAAAGUACCCUUCUUAUAAUGUAGAUGGCAUAUACUCGUAUUUGACUAUCGGUGGGGUAGUAUGGGACCCGACGAAACCGCUACGGCGACUACUGGGGGGCCUCGGGUAA